AAGCCAAUAGCUGUGGUUAAUAAUAUUAAUAAUAUCCAUUGUGUCAAUAAUUUCUAGCUAGUUAAAUUUGUGAAGUGCGAGGGUACACGAAACAAACUUUUGGAACAUUGGAUCCACCGUGAAUGCAGUAGUGGAGCAAAUAAUAAGGAUACUGCCGAUGAAACACUGCCGAAUAACCACAAAACAAUUUGGUUUGUAAUAAUCAAUAAAAUUAGUUGAAGAAGAAAUGGGUCUUUUAACAAUACUAAAGAAAUUGAAACAAAAAGAGAAAGAGAUGAGGAUACUCAUGUUAGGACUGGAUAAUGCUGGUAAAACAACUAUCGUCAAAAGAUUGAUUGGUGAACCAAUCAACACAAUUUAUCCAACCCUUGGCUUCAACAUCAAAACAUUGGAUCACAACGGCUACAAACUCAAUGUGUGGGAUGUUGGAGGUCAGAAAUCGCUGCGCACAUACUGGAAAAAUUAUUUUGAAAGUACAGAUGGCUUAAUAUGGGUUGUGGACAGCGCAGACAGGCGUCGUUUGGAAGACUGCAAGGAAGAGAUGCACAAGCUGCUGCAAGAAGAACGCCUACAAGGAGCUAGUCUUCUUAUCUUUGCAAAUAAGCAGGACUUGCCUGGGGCUGUGUCAGUAGAGGACAUUGCACAAAUUCUAGAUUUGGAAAGUAUAAAGACUCAUCAUUGGAAAAUUUAUAAGGCUUCUGCCAUUACAGCUGAAAAUCUCUUGGAAGGCAUUAACUGGAUUGUGGAUGACAUAUCUAAAAGAGUGUUUUACAAUGACUGAUGUUGUGAGUUGGUUGUUGACAAAAGUUUCCAAAAAUUUGUAAAUUGUUCUUUACAUGUAAGAUAAGUCGCAAGAUAUAAUUUAUUAACAUUUUAGCAAAUUAAGUUCUACGUAAAAUAUCAUAACUUUUUAUACAUUCAUGCUGU